GAACGCAACAACAAAAGUCCCACGUCUAUCUUGUUGCCUCUUCGUCAUACCAUUCCGCUUGUCAACAAAGUUUCGGUUUUGAUCUAAAUACUAUCACAAUGGCUGAUAUUGAAAUGGAAGUCGACGAGCCUGGCUCUCCUCAGGCACAGGCCAAGGUCAGCGACAUGCAAACCCACACUAAGGCCACAGCCGUGCGAUCAAUCGAGGGCUGGAUUAUCAUGGUUACCAACGUUCACGAAGAAGCUGACGAAGAGACGAUCCACGAUAAAUUUGCCGACUUUGGUGAGAUCAAGAACCUGCACUUGAACUUGGACCGCAGAAGCGGUUACGUCAAGGGCUAUGCUCUCAUCGAAUACGCCACUCUAGACGAGGCUCGAGCCGCCAUCGACGGCGCACACCAGAGUAAGCUUCUCGACCAGGCCAUCGGCGUCGACUUUGCUUUUGUACGACCACCCCCGGGUAAGAACAAUAGAGGACCACGACAAUCGCACCGUGGGCGGGGCCGUAGUAGAAGCCGCAGCCCAGAGGGACACAAGGAUGGCGAUGCGGAGUGAUUGAUGGAUGAUGAGAUCCUCGCGAUAUUUGGAAGUUAAGUGAUGUCUAGUCACACACAUACUGGCCUUAGCCGAUAUGUCGCCAGAAUAACAAGACAUGUCGGCAUGCGAAAUCUGUUCACAUGGUCAUUUGAUGUGAGAUUGGCACUGGCUAGGCGUAUGGCCAUGUACCGUUCAUCGGACUAACAAGAAGUUGGAAUUGUGAACAUGGAAGUUUUCUCACCUGUGUAACCAUUCAAAUCAUCCAUCUUCCUUGUCUAUGAUGAAUGACCUCAGGUUCGCUAUGGAGCUUUGCUAAUACAGCCAAUAUGACACAAAUUUCAGCCUUGCGUUGAAUAAAAAAUGACAAUACAGCUCACCCAUGAUCCAGACUCCUAACCCGGCCAAAGUGAUUCGAAGAUCUUGAAGCCCAACUAACUAGAUUUACCAGUCUUAUUACCCAAUGCCCGGAAAGCUACCAUAAUCCAUAUCUUCCUAGACCUCAUUAAUUAUUAUAUUUUGAUUCUGACCCAUAGGCAUCUUAUAUAUAUUCUCUAAACCAUCAACAUAACAGCAGCUACAGCCCCGACCAUUACCAUACCGGGCUCCGAGUUCCCUACCGCACCGCCGGUUGGCGAGGCGGCUGCGACAGCAACUGUGACGUGCGACGCCAGCGCGCUCGU